AUGGACCUAAGAGAAUCCAUCAAGAACCAAACACAGGCAUCACUAAAGCUCGCCCAGCACUUGGUUUCAACUGAGGCCAAGGAUAAGAAUUUGGUGUUCUCGCCGCUCUCGAUUCACGUGGUGUUGGGUCUGAUCGCGGCCGGAUCCAAAGACGAAACCCUUAAUCAGUUGCUUAAUUUCCUCAAAUCGAAGUCCACUGAUGAACUCAACUCGCUCUCCUCUCAGCUUGUAACUCUUAUUUUCGCUGACGGUAGCUCCCUUGGUGGGCCUCGCUUGUCAUUCGCUAAUGGGGUUUGGAUAGAUCAGAGUCUCAGCUUGAAGCCCAGUUUCAAAGAAAUUGUUGAUAAUGUUUACAAGGCAGCUUCUGAUCCUGUUGAUUUUCAAACUAAGGCUGCUGAGGUAACCGGUGAAGUCAAUCUGUGGGCUGAAAAGGAAACAAGUGGCCUUGUCAAAGAAAUUCUUCCACCUGGCUCAGUUGAUGCUUCCACGAGGCUCAUCUUUGCGAAUGCAGUGUAUUUCAAAGGAGCUUGGAGUGAGAAGUUCGAUGCUUCAAAUACCAAGGACCACGACUUUUUCCUCCUAGAUGGGAGCUCAGUACAAGUACCCUUCAUGAGCAGCAAAAAGAAGCAAUAUAUACGUUCCUUUGAUGGUUUCAAAAUUUUGAGCCUUCCGUAUAAGCAAGGUGAAGAUAAGCGCAAGUUCUCUAUGAAUUUCCUUCUUCCAGACACCAAAGAUGGACUGCCGGCUUUGGUAGAAAAAAUCAGUUUGGAAUCAGAAUUCUUGGAGCAUCACCUCCCAUAUCAAAAGGUCAAAGUUGGAGAAUUCCGUAUCCCAAAAUUUAAAUUGUCAUUUGGGUUUGAAGCCUCCGAAGUUCUUAAGGGACUGGGAGUCGUGUUGCCGUUUUCUGGUGGUGGUCUCACAGAGAUGUUGGACUCACAAGUUGGUCAGAACCUUUAUGUUUCUAGCAUUUUCCACAAGUCAUUUAUUGAGGUGAAUGAGGAAGGCACGGAAGCUGCUGCUGCUUCUGCUGGUGUGGUUAAACUGAGGAGUUUAGUAGUUGAGGAUGAGUUCGAUUUUGUUGCUGAUCAUCCAUUUUUGUUCAUCAUCAGAGAAGAUAUGACUGGAGUUGUGCUAUUCGUCGGCCACGUUCUUAAUCCUCUUCUUGGCUGA